CCUUGAAUAUAUAUAUAUUUAUAUUAAUACCCAACAAUUUUACUAUAAAUACAUCCACAACUUAUAAUCAUCGAUCAUAACAUUAACAAUCGAGUCUCCGAGAGUACUUAACCAUAUAUAAACUCUUUUCUUACCACCUACCUCUCUCUCAAUAAGCAAUAUGGCACUAAUUUCAGCAGCCUCAAAAAGGUUAGAAGGUAAGGUAGCUCUGAUCACAGGAGGAGCCAGUGGACUAGGAAGAAAAACAGCCGAAGUGUUUGCCUACCAUGGAGCCAAAGUUGUCAUAGCUGAUCUCCAAGACGAUCUAGGCCAUUCAGUUUGCCAAUCUAUCGCAGCAUCCUACUCUACUUCCCAAAACGACGUCACUUACAUCCACUGCGAUGUAACCAACGAAUCUCAAAUCAAAGCCGCAGUUGACAAAGCCAUUAGCACCUACGGAAAAUUAGACAUAAUGUUCAACAACGCUGGCAUUUGUGAUGAGCCCAAUCCUAAAAUAAUGAACAGCAAAUUGUCCGAUUUCGAGCGCGUGCUUCGGGUGGAUGUGACAGGCGUCUACCUUGGGAUUAAGCACGCUGCCAAUGCUAUGAUCUCAGCUAAAACUGGGGGCAGCAUCAUAUCAACGGCUAGUGUUGCCUCUUGCGUUGGGGGCUUAGCCACACACGCAUACACAACAGCCAAGCAUGCGGUAGUUGGAUUGACUAAGAGCACUGCUGCAGAGUUGGGACAGUUUGGGAUAAGAGUGAAUUGCGUGUCCCCAUCUGGGGUGGCCACGCCGUUGGCUACGGAGUUUUGUAUGGUUAAUGAUGAAGAGUUUGAGGACAUGUUUAUCAAAGCGGGUAACUUAAAGAAUGUGGUGCUUAAGGCUGAAGAUAUUGCUAAUGCUGCUCUGUUUUUGGCUAGUGACGAGGGACGUUGUGUGAGUGGAGUUAAUCUCGUUGUUGAUGGUGGUUUCACUGCUGUUAAUCAUUCUUUUCAGUUAUAUCGCUACCCUGAUGAUGAUACUCAGGCUUGAUUAAAAUGAAAGUCAAAUUAUUGAAUAAUAUAUGUAUUUUAAUUUGUACGGUGAAACGUAAUUAAAAUAUAGAGUCUCUCAUUGUGUGGAAAUGUGUAAUAGUACUGUAAUAAUUAAACCUCUGCCUCUGAGCAGAGGUCGCUUGAAUGUGUUGUUACUUCAAAGUUUAUCUUAUCUUCAAUGUGUGGAAA